ACAACUUAUUCAAUUAACAAGUAAAAUUUAAUCUAUUCUUUAUUUUACUUCUUGGGAACGAAACUCUUAAGACCUUGUCUGAAAUCUUGAUCUCCCUUCAAAAAACAAAGAAAUCUCGAUUUCCCUUUGCCAAUUUCCUUCGGAUCAUCGACUAAGGUCUUGGGCAAAUUCGAUAAGCUCAAAUGUCUGAAACAAACAACCCCAUGCCCUCAAAGGAGCAGGAGGAAGCCGUAAUCAAGAAAAAGUACGGAGGAUUGUUGCCAAAGAAAAACCCUUUGAUCUCAAAGGAUCAUGACCGGGCUUUUUUCGAUUCUGCUGAUUGGGCAUUGGGAAAGCAAGGAUCACAGAAGAGCAAAGGACCUUUAGAGGCACUCCGCCCUAAAUUGCAGCCGACACCACAACAGCAAUCCCGCUCAAGGCGAUCUGCCUAUGCCCCUGCAGGCGAAGAAGUGGAUGGUGGUAAUGGAAAUCAUAAUGCCUCGGAGGAGGAUAUGGAUAAUGAUGAAAAGUCUGAUACUAAAGAUGAAGACCAACCGAUUUAAGUGACUUUGUCAUUUUUAUGAUCGAUUGUAUGAUGCAUAAUGUUACUAGAUAUGUGCUUUGGAAACAUUUGGUCAGGUUGAUGAUACUAUAUAUCAUAUUGUUGUAUGUUCGAGAAUUUUACCAUCAGGCAAUAAUAAGCUGCUUAAUCUUUGUUUGAA